GGGGCGGAGCCAGGCUCGCGUCAGGUGGUCCCGGGCGUGCGGGAGGCGGGGCGCACGGGGCGGGGAGGGGAGGGAGCGGCCAGCGGGCGGCGGGCACGGGCGGCACGAGCAGGUGGGAGCCGCCGAGGGGCGAGGCCGCCCGCGGGGGCGCCAGGCGGCCGGGACUGCGCCGCGCCCCUGUCCGCGGUGCGCGCUCGCGGUGCGCACCGGGCGUCCUCGACUCUCGCGCGCCCAGCCUGCUCGGGCCCUACCUGCGGCGGCCGUCGGGGGCGCGGAGCCCCCAGCGCUGCCGAGCCGCAUGAACAAUAGGCGGCGGCGGCUCCCGCGGGCGGCCGCCCCGCACCCUAUGGACCAGCCGCUCCAUGGAGUCCUCCAGAUCGCUUCUCGGCUGCCUGGCGAGUGCCACUGCCGCCCCGCCGGGGGACGAUGCCACGGGCGCUGGGGCCGAAGAGGAGGAGGACGAGGAGGAGGCGGCGGCCGAGCUGGGAUCUCACGCCGCGCUGCCCUACUGGACGGCUGUGUUCGAGUACGAGGCGGCGGGCGAGGACGAGCUGACCCUGCGGCUGGGCGAUGUGGUAGAGGUGCUGUCCAAGGACUCGCAGGUGUCCGGCGAUGAGGGCUGGUGGACCGGACAGCUGAACCAGCGGGUGGGCAUCUUCCCCAGCAACUACGUGACCCCGCGUAGCGCCUUCUCCAGCCGCUGCCAGCCGGGCGCCGAGGACCCCAGCUGCUACCCGCCCAUUCAGCUGUUAGAGAUUGAUUUUGCGGAGCUAACCCUGGAGGAGAUCAUCGGCAUUGGGGGCUUUGGGAAAGUUUAUCGUGCUUUCUGGGCGGGCGAUGAGGUGGCCGUGAAGGCAGCUCGUCACGACCCUGAUGAGGACAUCAGCCAGACCAUAGAGAACGUUCGCCAAGAGGCCAAGCUCUUUGCCAUGCUGAAGCACCCGAACAUCAUUGCGCUCAGAGGGGUGUGCCUGAAGGAACCCAACCUCUGCUUGGUCAUGGAGUUUGCUCGUGGAGGGCCUCUGAACAGAGUAUUGUCUGGGAAGAGGAUUCCCCCGGACAUCCUGGUGAACUGGGCCGUGCAGAUCGCCAGAGGGAUGAACUAUCUACAUGAUGAGGCGAUCGUACCCAUCAUCCACCGAGACCUUAAGUCCAGCAACAUAUUGAUCCUGCAGAAAGUGGAGAAUGGAGACCUGAGUAACAAGAUUCUGAAGAUCACCGACUUUGGGCUGGCGCGGGAAUGGCACCGGACCACCAAGAUGAGUGCGGCGGGAACAUACGCUUGGAUGGCACCUGAAGUCAUCCGUGCUUCCAUGUUUUCCAAAGGCAGCGAUGUGUGGAGCUACGGUGUACUGCUUUGGGAGCUGUUGACUGGCGAGGUGCCCUUCCGGGGCAUUGAUGGCUUAGCAGUGGCUUACGGUGUGGCCAUGAACAAACUCGCCCUUCCUAUCCCCUCUACAUGUCCAGAGCCUUUUGCCAAACUCAUGGAAGACUGCUGGAAUCCCGACCCCCACUCGCGCCCAUCUUUCACGAGUAUCCUGGACCAGCUAACGACUAUAGAGGAGUCCGGUUUCUUUGAGAUGCCCAAGGACUCCUUCCACUGCCUGCAGGACGACUGGAAACAUGAGAUUCAGGAGAUGUUUGACCAACUCAGGGCCAAAGAAAAGGAGCUCCGAACCUGGGAAGAGGAGCUGACCCGGGCUGCGCUCCAGCAGAAGAACCAGGAGGAGCUGCUCCGGCGUAGGGAGCAGGAGCUGGCGGAGCGGGAGAUCGACAUCCUGGAGCGAGAGCUCAAUAUCAUCAUCCACCAGCUGUGCCAGGAAAAGCCCCGGGUGAAGAAACGCAAGGGCAAGUUCAGGAAGAGCCGGCUGAAGCUCAAGGACGGCAACCGCAUCAGCCUCCCCUCCGAUUUCCAGCACAAGUUCACGGUGCAGGCCUCCCCGACCAUGGAUAAAAGGAAGAGUCUGAUCAGCAACCGGUCGAGUCCUCCUGCAAGCCCCACCAUCAUCCCUCGCCUUCGAGCCAUCCAGUUGACACCUGGUGAAAGCAGUAAAACCUGGGGCCGGAGCUCAGUUGUUCCAAAAGAGGAAGGGGAGGAGGAGGAGAAGAGGGCCCCAAAGAAGAAGGGCCGGACAUGGGGACCAGGAACACUUGGGCAGAAAGAGCUCACAUCAGGAGAUGAAGGAGUGAAUGGCUUUGGAAGCUUAAGCAUGCGAAAUAGAAGCUUGGAAGGAGAAGCUGAGAAACAUUAUGAGUGGAGUGGCCGGGGCCAUUUCUGCUGGUUCAUCUGCCCCAUGCUUGCCUUGCACUGCAGCCUCAAGUCCCUGGUAGAUGGAUACAAGCAGUGGUCAUCCAGUGCCCCCAACCUGGGGAAGGGCCCAAGGAGUAGCCCCGCCCUACCUGGGUUCACCAGCCUUAUGGAGAUAGAGGAUGAGGAUAGCGAAGGCCCAGGAAGCGGAGAGAAUCAUCAACAGCAUUCACCCAACCAGUCCUACCUCUGUAUCCCGUUUCCUCGUGGAGAGGAUGGGGAUGGCCCCUCUAGUGAUGGAGUUCAUGAGGAACCUACCCCAGUCAACUCAGCUACCAGUACCCCUCAGCUGACGCCAACCAACAGCCUCAAGCGCGGUGGGACCCACCACCGGCGCUGUGAGGUGGCUCUGCUCGGAUGUGGAGCUGUUCUGGCAGCCACAGGCCUAGGGUUUGACUUGCUGGAAGCUGGCAAGUGCCAGCUGCUUCCCCCAGAGGAACCUGAGCCACCAGCCCGGGAGGAGAAGAAGAGGCGUGAAGGUCUUUUCCAAAGGGCCAGCCGCCCUCGUCGGAGUACCAGCCCCCCCUCCCGAAAGCUCUUCAAGAAGGAAGAGCCAAUGACGUUGCUAGGAGACCCCUCUGCCUCCUUGACACUGCUGUCUCUCUCCUCCAUCUCUGAAUGCAACUCUACCCGCUCCCUACUGCGCUCUGACAGUGAUGAGAUCGUGGUGUAUGAAAUGCCAGUCAGCCCAGUUGAAGCUCCACCCCUAACCCAAUGUACCCACAACCCCCUGGUUAAUGUCCGAGUGGAGCGCUUCAAGAGAGACCCCAACCAGUCCUUGACUCCCACCCAUGUCACCCUCACAGCCCCCACGCAGCCUAGUGGUCACAGGCGGACUCCUUCUGAUGGGGCUCUUAAGCCAACAGCAGCCCCUGCAGUACUAGGCAGCAGGAGCCCCUCCAGCAAUGGAAUGAGUCCCAGUCCUGGAACAGGCAUGUUGAAAACUCCCAGUCCCAGCCGAGACCCAGGUGAAUUUCCCCGUCUCCCUGACCCCAAUGUGGUCUUUCCCCCAACUCCAAGGCGCUGGAACACCCAGCGAGACUCUACCUUAGAGAGACCCAAGACCCUGGAGUUUCUGCCUCGACCGCGUCCUUCUGCCAACCGGCAGCGACUGGACCCUUGGUGGUUUGUGUCUCCCAGCCAUGCCCGCAGCGCCUCCCCAGCUAACAGCUCCAGCACAGAAACACCCAGCAACCUGGACUCCUGCUUUGCCAGCAGCAGCAGCACUGUGGAAGAGCGGCCUGGACUUCCAGCCCUGCUCCCUUUACAGGCAGGACCACUGCUCCCUGCUGAACGGACACUUUUGGACCUGGAUGCUGAGGGGCAGAGCCAGGAUAGCACUGUGCCCCUAUGCAGAGCUGAGCUGAAUGCACACGGGCCUUCCCCAUAUGAGAUCCAACAGGAGUUCUGGUCUUAGUAUAAAAAAGGCCAGGGUGGGCAAGGGAGAAGACGGAGGAGGCCGAGGGAGCUGGCUGGCACAGCCCGGUCUCAGGCCCCCUGGGAUCCAGACCUCCUCCUUGCACUGAGAAUGCACUUUGAAGAUGGAAGGGGUGGGAGCAGGGCCACUUCGGAGGGUCUCCUGCCCUGCAGGAUUUUUUCUCCAUGUUCACUAGAGGGGCUGUGUCAGCUCUGACUGUAUAGAGAGGGGUGUGCACAUAUGUCCCCACCCUCCGGUCUUCCUUUCCUUUUAGGGUGACACUACAGAGUCAUUCAGCCAAAUCCGUCUACUGCCUCUCCUCCUCAGCCAGCCAUAGCUGUCCUGGGUUCCCUUUGUCAGCCCUGAGUCCUACCUGUUCACACAUCUGUACUGAUGUUCUGUGAUCUGACUUAUCGUCCACUCUUCCCACAACUCAGUGUCACCUUUGGUAUUUGAUGAGUGUCUCGUGUCCUAAGUCGUCCCGUGCCAGCUGAUGGGGAUAGGCUGGCCUUAUGAAGGCCAGAGGGCUUGACAGAUCAGGUACUGCCUACCUGUGCAAAUCUCAGUGGGAACUGAGAGUUCAGAGGAGGAGGAGAGGAGAGGAGGCAGUCAGGAACGGUUUAGUCAGGCUGCGUGGGGAGGUAGAGUCAGGCCUUGGUUUGGUUUGGGUUUAAGUUUUAGAAACAAAGGCAGAAAUCAGCACCUAUGGCGUGGCGUGGGUUCAGAUCAUGCUUACACCAGAUUUGAAUAUAAGCAGAUUCAUCUCAGGACUAUCUGUUUGAAAGACACACUCACUGACCCCAGUUCUGAAGUCAGGAACAAUGCCUGCAUUUCUCUGUCUUGUUGAGCUUCCAUUCCUCCCUCCGGUUCCUGGGCUUUAGGUCAUAUGUGAUUCGCAGAGACACCUGAAUUAUGUCAAUAGCAUAUGGGGCUGGGUCCUGGACCAUGAGGUAUGGAACUAUGGGGAUUUCUUCAUUGGACUGUCCAUUUUGUGAUGUCCCUGAAGUAAACGGAACCCUUAGUAAUGUUUGGGUGCCGUGAGGCAGUAGCAUGAUACAGUUCCUGAGGCGCUCACACCAUCUCUGUCUCUAUACACAGAGAGCCUUUGUGUUGGGUCCUGCACCAUGAGCUGGGUAGCAAGAGACCAGAGAGGCUAGUGCUGACGUAUUUAAUAUUUGUUUCUUAAACUUGAAUAUGGAGCUUCAAAGUGUUUUCACCCAUUUUCUUUGCUGUCCAUUCCCUCUGAGCCCCCGGUGUUGUGGGUGACAGUAACAACUUGGUUGAGGUUACAGUCCCCAGUGGUGUUGGAGUCUGUCUACUGGCUCUCUUGUGUUUGCCGCCUGGAUGCCCAGAGGGUUAGAGCGGUCGGUACUCAUGGUGCAGGUGACAGAUUUCAUCAGUGCUGUUUCUCUGUGAAGAACAUAUGAGAUGACGUUGGUUCCCACAAGUUCUUUAUGAGUUCAUUUGCCCUUUGUCUCCACCCUGCACCCCCAGUUUCAGACAGGGGAUCGGUGCUGACCAUGUCAGCCAGAGUUUUGCUAUAAUAUCUGAUCUUCCCUCUUGGUUCUGUGAAGUGAGAAUGGAAGAGGUUAACUUUGCCCCCCAUACUCUAACCCCUCAGAUUGAAGAGGGGAGCUCGUGAACCCCAUUGUCCCAGCCAACCCAGUGAUGAUGCUCCACUGCUCCAUCUGCACACCUUGCCUGCAUUAAAGCUUUAGGGUAGGCUGCAGCUGGCUCCAGCCUGUGCUCCAGCCCCAAGCAGGGCUUGACUGUAGCCAUCUCUCCAGGAAAGGCAUAGUUACAGAUGCAGUGUACACUGAGUGGCUGCUACAGGCCAUUGAGUGACAGGUGGGAUCUAGCCCAUCUCCACCCAACAUUCCGACAGAGGAAGGCCUUGCUAAAGAGAUGAUCGUACCUGAGAGACAUGUAUACUGCUGCAGUGAGUUAGCGUGGGUUAGUGUGGGGGGAGGGGUCUUGUUGAGCUCCGACAAACCUGUGCAGUGCUGGCCCACUGCCUGCCACUCUUCCGUGCGAGCGAGCCUAGAGAUGGGGCAAGUGUUAAGAAGUUACCAUUUGUGUGACAUAGGUUCCCAUAUCUGUGGUCAUGGUUAGGACGAGGCUUGGUAGCUGUGAAUAUACCCACUUAAGUGACAGUAGCUUCCCCCUUUCACUUCCCUUUCCUCAAAGACAUGGCUGUCUGCUCGGAACAUGUGUCCGCUACCUUCAGGCUGCUAGCAGGAUUGGAUACUGCUCUUUUCUGUGAGUCUUCUCAUGCCUUCACUUGCCAGUGCUUAUCCUUAGAGACCCAGGCUGUUGCUGGGAACUGAGGAGAUGCCUCCAUCGCCACUUCCAGCUAUUUCCGGGAAGCUGUCGUGGAUGCUCUUCACGUGGUGUUCUUUGACAUCCCUGUGACCUUGUAGGCAUCAUAAUAACGAUCACCUACAUUUGAACAACUCAGAACAGGGAUGUUUUCCCUUCUGACCUUAAAAGAAAAGUGACAUUAUUUUCCUCACAUUCAAUACACUUGUCUCAAAAACAGGAAGACAGACAGACAGACAGAUGCUGUUUGGAUGGUUGUGUCUGGCCAGAGCUCUGAGCCCGGCCCGCCUCCUCGGUUCCUCUUUUCUUGCAUGACUCUUGUCCUGUGUCUUGAUCCCUCUCAGGUUUCCUUCUAAAAGCCUUUAUCAUACACUUCCCUUGCAAGGGCAUUGAGACAUUGUGGCUCCCUGCCAGCUCGAGGGCCAGCUCCUUCCCCUGCACGAUGAAUGUGCUGAAGCUGACAGCAUGGCUCACCAUCUUUGCCUCAGGGCAUCUUGCCUUAGUUUUAUCCUUUGGCUUCUGGAAGAUGAGUGAUGUGGAAUUGGUUGAACAUGAUUAAUGGGCACCCAGGCCAGGCGCAUGCUCUCCCACCACUUCAUGUAGCCCAGGUGACUACAUGAUCAUUUCCUAACUCCCUCCCCCACUUAACCUGGUCAGCUGGAUGUCCUUACCAUUGGUGUCUUACUGAGGAAACGGGGGCUGGGUGGCCUCUGGUUUUUGAGGAUCAUCCCUAGGGUCAUAACUUGCUAGGAAUCGAAAUCAGGUCAGUUCUGGAAUAAUUGUUAGGAAAAGGGUCCCUAGGCAUGGAACAUCAUGUGACAAAGGGUAAUACUCCUAAUAGAAUCCCUUUACCCUCAGGCUGUUGCUCAGGGACACAAGACUUUGCAGGGUGUCUAGACCCAAUCCUGGCUCCAUGCUGUUGCCCCAUGAGAAGGACCAUUCUUAACUCAUGAAGUUCAUGUCUUCUGUGCAUUCUCUUCUUUCCUCUGCUACCCCACCCCAACCCCCAUAGCUGCAUCUCCCACUUGCUAAGCAAGGGCCUACCAAUAUCAAGCUCUGAACAGAGUAAAGAACAAUGGGCCCUAAAGGCUGUGGCUGUGAGUGGACACCUCCGGAUGUAAGUGUCCAGGGGUGCUCCACCACGGGUGUAGAGCCCCCGACUUUUAAUCAUGUUUAUUUGAUCAUGUGCCUUUGGAUGGGUGUGUAAUUGCGAGAUCCGACAGGUCAGAAGCACACAUGUCUGCCUCUAGAAGGCCUGGGAAAGAGGCAUGUCCUAGUGUUGGUGAAGUACUGAACUUCCUCUAAGGACUUGUGUAGACUGGAAUUGAGGUAGAGGUAAGAGUGGCCCUCAGGGAGUUGUGGUGGCAAGAACCUGGCGACUUCACCUGUCCAUUUUCAAGCCGAAGUUUGCCGAUGUGUGACCCUCAGAAGGCCUCCCGUGAGCUGGGGGUGAUGUCCACUUCUCUGCUUAAGGCCCUAACUUUAAAACCUACCAUCUUAGCUAGGUUCCGGGGUGCAUUCCUAGAAGCCCAGCUACACAGGAGGCUGAGGCAGGGCAAUUGCUUUAGCCUGGGGUGUGAUGUCAGUCUGGGGCAACAUAACAAGGUCCUGUCUCUUAAAUGUGUGGAGCCAGAGCCCCAGCUCCAACACAGAUGGCUUCACCUUGCAACACUGCUUCCCUUGGUGGAGAAAAGUGAGAAUGUGAAAGAUGAAAAGUGAGGUCAAAGGCUAAAGUUGCCUAUUCCAUAUGGCUCAGUCAUAUAGCACUUGUCCUUGGCUUGACCUGAGAAUGACUUCCUGUUAUGACACAGUUGUUGAAAACACAUUUCUAGAUGGCAAAACAGUAUUUUCCUAGUUCAAAAAUUGCAAUAAAAUCCGCAUAUAGAAGGAGAAAGACCCUUCUCCUUGGACUCUCCCCUGGCAUGGAUACCUGGAGGCUCACCAUCUCUGGUACUUAGUUGGAGGGCAGGAACCAGGAGCUGGAAUCUUGUUUGAUUAAGGGUAGUCAAUCCAUAUCUAAUUAGCCAAACCCAGACCCGGCUUCCUGGUUAGGUCUGCAGGCCAAGUGUGUUUCUUUUAUUUUUUUUCAUGAGCUGCUUCUAGGUAUUCCCACCCACUGCCUUCUCUGUCCGUUUCUGGUUGCGGACCCUGGAGGCACCUGGGCCUCCCUAAGCUGCUGGAGAAGCGCUGGACUGACUGCAGAGUUCGGGGUUCUCCUGAGCUCUGCACUCAGGUCCUUGAUUUCUUUGCUGCCUUUGUCCCUGCAUCCUCUCCAAGUCUCAAGAUGGGAAAGAGAAGAUCCUGGGAUUGAGAGUACUGACCUGAGCUGGGAGCGACUUUGGAAACAGGCCUGCCCUGCCCUGCCCUGCCCUGCUCUGACUGACCCGCUAACUGCUCUCCGGGGCAUUUGGGUUGUCAGGUGUGAAGGUAGCAGCAAGAUGGCAUCCCAGGAUGGAAAUAAGAACACAGACUUAGUGUUCAGAGAGCAGCCUUUCCUACCAGGACAGGAGGGGAGAAGCCCUCAGGUCAGAAUGGCUGUAAGGGAAACCCUGACAUGUGAAGACCCCUGAGAAGUGAUACAGCAUGCUUUGUACUCGCUCAAGACCAAAUUUCAAAAGUUCUGUGUUGCCCUCGCUCCUGCCAUCUUUCACACCACCAUACCUACACAGACAACCUUAGGGCUGAGCACCAACCAUGCCAUGGAUGUUUUUAUUAAUUUUGGCAUUUUAGAAAGUUAUAUUGAAGUAUGGUUUAGCCUUUGAUUACUAAUUUUUUUUUUGACCUCCCAUUGACAUUUGUAUCCAAUGCAAGUGCCUUCCCAGCCUGGUAUGGGAUAGGCCCUGCCUAACGUCUGCAGGGGCUCCAGAUGGAGCUGUGCUGUUUGACAUAGGGCUUUGUGUUUUAUCCUCAUCACCACCUCAUACCACAAGUUCUAAGUGCUGCUUGUCACCCCCUGGGAGCCCUGGCAUUCAGAGACGACAGGGCAGCACCCUAUUCCUAUCCUUGGCCCUGUAGCUAGGGUGACGUGUCCUGCCUUCAUGUUCUCUGGCUGCCUUUUAGGCUCUCAGAAGCAUUCCAGGAGAAAGUGGUCCUAUAGAGAGAAGCCUGGAGAUUCUCAACUUUAAAUUCUCUGCGAAUUCUAGAAGUAAACGGACCUCAUUCAUCCGUCCCGGGUCUCAGGACUCUUCUGCUUCCCUGUGUGCUAAGCUUUGCAACCAUUGUCCUGUCCUGUCCCCCCCCAACCACCCCCCCCCCCCCCGCACAGCAAACCUUCACACUAUCCCCUAGGGUCAGGCUCCCUGCCAUUUCCUGCCUUCAUGGUCACAUCACUCACGCCAUUUAUUCUACCUCCAGUUCCAAGGCCAUGUCUGCUAUGGCUUUUAUUUAUUAUUUUUAUUAUCAUUGUUACUUUGGACAGGGUCUCAUGUAACCCAGACAGGCUUCAAACUUGCUAUAUAGCUAAGGAUGACCUUGGAUGAUCCUCCACUUCCCAGAUGCUAAGAUUAUAGGCGUAUAGUUUAGUUUAUUCCUGUUGGAAUAAGAUAAGGGUUUAUCCUGGCCCAGAUGUGGAGCUGAACGACAGAUUUUAAGAAAAGUUACUAUAUCUUCCACAUAAGAAGGUUCUGUCCAGAAAUUUAUGUGCAUAUAUUUUGUGACUCCUUAUACACUACUCCCCAGAGUUGGUGGGUAUUACCUGCACCCAAGAAUGUGUGGUCAGACUUGGGGGUGUUCGUACUGCGUGCCUAGAGUCACAGACCUGGUAAGCAAGUUGCUGAUCUCUCUGCUCUAGCCUGUGAGCACAUUCUUAGACCACGGUUGAAAAGCCUUAAGGUGAAAUUCAUCCAUCUCGGGUCCAUGUAGGUUCUGAAAUCACCGCUUUCCCAGGGAGUUGUGUCCUCUGGCUGACCUGUGAUCUCCCCGAGCCCAGCAGACUUCAUCAUUGCAGAGGGUAGCGUUCUCCUUCACCUUUCUCAGUUCGGCAGGGAUUCCAACCUCACUGGAUGACGGUCUGCCCUGUAGCUCCCCUCCUCCCAGCACCGAGAAGGCCCUGGGUCUCUGCCGUCCGACUUGGAGCUUCCUGAUACAGCUCCUCCACUCUCCUCCAUUCCUAGUCCUUGGAGGUUGGAAGCCUGUUUCAGCUCCUGUCUUCUAGGGAGAUCAGAAUGUUGUCCUUUUGUCGCCGUGAGCCUUGGCACCCAGCUAGCAAAGCAGGAAGGUGUUGAACUCACUAAUGCUCUGCUUCCCCUGGUCCCUCCUGUAUUUCACCUUAGUCCACAGCCAGGCCUCCACAGACAGCGGUCUGAGGCUCUGUUCAAGGUCUCAAGGAGAGGCACUGGACAGGCUCUAGUUUUCUGAAAAAGUUGUCUUUGGGGCUUUCUCCUGUUAGGUCCCUUGAGUCUAGAAGGUACAGUGAAAGUUGUUUUAUUGUUCAGUAUUUAACUACAAGCGUCCUUCCCUGCACCAGUGUCUCCUCUGUGUCCUGAGUCCCUCCUUGAGCCCCUAUUUGCUUUGGAAUUUAAAUUAUUGUGUAUUGUCGGAAAUAUUUAAAGGCUUUUGGAAAAGUCCUGAAGGAAGCGUAUUACCAGGUUCUUUCCUUUGGCCUUUUCUCUUCGUGUCUUUCAAGGUACUGUACAUUGUUGACGGGAUGCCAAGCGGGCUGGGUUCAGUGGCUAAGCCUCCCACUAUUAUAGUGUCAUGCUGAUCUCAGCCUGGUCCCCACACCAGAGCUCUCAGAGACUUGAAUAAAACUGUCAUACUGGUUA